CUCGCAACACUAAAGCAGAUAGUCCCAACUUCAGUUUUCUCAGGGUAAAGAGGACUCUGGGAUUUUCCUUGCACUUUCCUGCCCCUAGACAAAUACCUAGUCUUCGUGGUGACGCCACUCAGACCCUCAGCACCGGGGAAGAGUCAGCGUCCGGUGGGAUUCCCAGGUCUCGAGGGUGACGCUUGGGAUUCCCCACAUCUGAUAGGAGCAGCGGGUCUGGCCCCUCCCCCAGGCAGGGCUUUGAAGAUUUGGGGCCAGACUCUGGCCCUGGAGGCUGCUGAGCCCCGCACGCCCCCAGCUCCGGGAGUGCCAUGGGACAGCUGAUAGCCAAACUGAUGAGAAUCUUUGGGAGACAGGAGCACAAAGUCAUCAUCGUGGGACUGGACAAUGCAGGAAAGACCACGAUUCUCUACCAGUUCCUGACCAAUGAGGUUGUUCACACCUGCUCCACCAUUGGGAGCAACGUGGAAGAAAUUGUUCUUCAGAAGACCCACUUCCUCAUGUGGGACCUAGGGGGCCAGGAGGCCCUGCGCUCCACUUGGGACACUUACUACUCUAAUGCUAAGUUUGUCAUCCUUGUGAUAGAUAGUACAGACCGGAAUCGGCUGCUGACCACCCGGGAGGAGUUGUAUAAGAUGCUGGCCCAUGAGGCCCUUCAAGAUGCUUCAGUGCUGAUCUUUGCCAACAAGCAGGAUGUGAAAGACUCCAUGACCACAGCAGAGAUCUCCCAAUUUCUCACACUCAGUGCCAUCAAAGACCACCCGUGGCAUAUCCAAGGCUGCUGUGCCCUCACGGGAGAAGGGCUGCCAGCUGGGCUCCAGUGGAUGCAAUCUCAGGCCACCACCAACUGAUGUCCUAGCCCGAGGCCAACCAGAAACCGAAUGGCUAGCGCCAAUGAGAAACACCAGUCAUUUAUUGGUGGAAAGAGGGUGGCUAUGGACAAAAAGAUUACUACAGUCCUCUCAACUGUCACUGAGAGCUGGAUCAAAGACUUCAAGUUGGUGCAGACAGGACUACAGAUGAAGCUGUCCACCCACUCCAUCACUGCUGGUGUGAGGAGAGACACCAGGGAACUUACUGCGGGGUGUGGGGGGCACCAGGUCUCUCCCAGUUCUCACCUUCUGUCUUCUCUCAAGCAAGAGAUCUUUGACAUUUCCCCCUAUCCACUGGACGAAGGAGAUUCCGAUAAAGGAGGCAAUAGGACCCGGCUAAAAGCUGGGGGCAUGGGGGAGGGGUGGAGAGUUGAUGAAUGGGAGGACAGAACUUUCCAGACUGACGCAGUCCCUCACACAGCGGGGUUCCAAGUCCCUCCACCCCCACCCGCUCGCUUUCUCGCUCCCUCUUAGGUGCUAACUCCAGAACCACAGUUUUUGGGACCUAAGUCACCGCGUGGAAUCUCCUUCCCCCUUAGCGUCCCUCUGGUGUGAGUCCUACUUCUCAAAGAUUUCUGUAGGACCUACUUAUUUUGUCUUUGUAUCAUGAUUUUUUUUUUUAAAUCUCAUUAUGAUUUAAAAAUUAAAGGAAUACAAUAAGUGCCCCUGAAAAA